CCAAUGGAAGAAAAUACCUUCCACUCUCAUCAAUACGUUUUAUAUGAAGAUUUUCAACUCUCAUUAAUAAAUUAAUUAAUGUCACUUAAACUCAAUACAUUGAAAUGCUAUAAUUUUGCAAUAUUUAUCAAUCUUUGGAUAGUAUUCGGUAUGGCACAAUACUGUUAAGCACUGAGCAGAAGUGGAUUCACGAUUUAGCUCCAGUGCUAGAUCUCUAGAUCCCAAAAUGGCCACUUUCAUACAAUCGGUAUUUUCUAGACACAAAGAAAUAAUCAAGUAAAAUUAUUGUUGGCAUUUCUUUAAAGUUCUAGGAAAUACCGGUGCUAUCAAUAGAGGAAAACUAUGUCAGGCAGAGCCGAAAAGUAUGGUUGACGGUCCUCAAGUUGCUUGCCUCAGUUCAACGGAAUACAAGUGAUCGAUUAGUUGCUUCUGGUACUUGUGCUGAGAUCAUGGACGAUUAGAUAAGUCCGUUAUCAGCCUGACAGCCAGUGUAUCUCAGUUAUCUAACGCACGUGUAGUCAUACAAUCAAUAGACGAUGGAUAGCACUGUCACCAAAAACUAGUGAACAUAUAUGGAUAGCACUGUCACCAAAAACUAGUGAACAUAUAUGGAUAACCCUGUCACCAAAAACUAGUGAACAUACAUGGAUAGCCCUGUCACCAAAAACUAGUGAACAUAUAUGGAUAGCACUGUCACCAAAAACUAGUGAACAUAUAUGGAUAGCACUGUCACCAAAAACUAGCCAUGGAGGGCAUUGACAACACUUCUCUAAUGCCAGAUGUCCCCACUCCAGAAAGAACCCCAGGAUCGAAGAUGCUGAAGAAGGCUCAGUCGUUCCGUGAGGAUAUACGCAACAGAAUCCGCCGCCGCCCAUCCACUGGAGUACAACAGAUGAUAGCUGACGGUAAAGGGCGAAGGAAAGGGGACAUAAUCGUACCUGAGUCACACAUUGGAGACGACGAUAUGGAGCAGCUGAAGUCUGCCAUGUCUGAGGUCAACAAGACCCUCAUCUUCAUCAAGGCUGUGGUCAAUAAGGGAAAGAUGGAAGUCCUGCCUGGCUCUGCCUCUGUUAUACUGGAGACAGUCAUGCAGAUAUUUACCCUGCUAAGAUACCCACUGCUGGCACAAGAAAGCAACUCUCUGGUCUCCAGUCAGAGCAAGGUAUGUCAAAGCUUGGCCAAGUUUAUCCAAUGGACAGAUGACUCACUGGUAGGGGAGGGUAAAACCUGGGAUAAAGAACAAGCUCAAGCCAUCAUAGAUACAUUACUAGAGGGCAUAGAGGAGCUAACCAAACUUGGGAUGGAGAAGAUGUCACAGAAGAAGGUGACCUAUUUACAGCCACCAAUUACAGGUCAACCCCUCCCUUCCCCAACUGGUGAUGGGUGUAAGGAUGGCUACCUACCUGAUAUCCCCCUGACCCCCAGGGAGCGUGAGAUCCUGGCCCAGACAAGCACCACCAGCUAUGACAACAUCUCUCAGCUCUCACGCAACAGCAACACCAGCUCUGUGUUUUCCUUUGAUUCACUGGAUGCUAGUGACAUGCCACCACCCAAACCUCCCCUGCCCUCAGUACUUAGCAGAGUACCACAUAUAGAGGGCUUUAUGAAUGGAGCAGAUCCAUUGGCCCCACCCCCACUUCCUGUGAAGAAGAGAUCCCCAAGUUCCAGCACAGAAAUCUUAGAGUCUCUCUCUGGGAGCAGGGGCUCACACAACAGCACUCUGAUGACCAGUGCAUCCCUGGACCACUCGCUGGGCAUGCUGGGAGGGGGCUUUGUGGCCGUCAACAAACCCUUUAGUAUACCUCAAGCUGGACUCCCAGCCUCUCCCACCUCCUCAUCUUUCCCACUCAUCAGCCAGCAUUCAGCCUCCAUCUCAUCUGAGUGGCACCAGGACACCAGCACCACACAAACCUUCUCUCGUACUGUCAGCGACUCAAAACUUCUGGCCAGCACUCUGACUUCCCGCAAGCUGCCAGCUCAAGCGUGCGCUGAGAUCAAUGAACUGACCACACAGAUCAACCAGCUGACCAACUGUAUUGAGGAAAUCCCCCCACCUCUACCAGCCAAGAAAGGUUUGAAUCGCCUCAACUCGCAGUAUGACAAUGUUCCCGAGCUGUUAGAGAACAGACUAGCAGGGCUGGCCACACAAAACAGGACGGUGAUGAUGAGGAAAGUUGAAAGGAUAUCUUCAUCCUCCACAUGCAGUUCACAGUCCACACAGUCCAAUCAAAGCCAAUCAUUCACCAGUGUCAACAGUCACAAGUCCAUCCAGUCCUUCCUGACAGAAGCCAGUGAGACUUACUCCAGCUCUGAGACCUUUUCAUCCACCAGCCACUCCAGCACUGAGUCUUUACCCAAACCACCACCCCUACCCCCCAAGAAAAAACAUGUCCAAGCCUAUGUUCAGAUGUUUGGCUCCCUGAGCCAGCCCAGAACUCUGGAGGAGACCAUAUCCAGACACUCAAUUCAGUUCUACGAGGCCCAGUGGCACCAGCACCAGCGCGAGUUGUUUUACCCACGCUCCAACACCAUCUCCGUGCUCUCUGACAUUUCCACUGACUCCUCCAUGAGUGGAGGCUCCUCUGAGCUCUUAUCAAACAUCCCACAGAACUCUCUCAAAAGGAUGUCAGACAUCAGCCAUGUCAGCCAGCAGUCCACAGGUUCUAGCCAAUCGGAUGUCUCCUAUGGUGACUUACUAGGACUUGGCAAAUCUUCUGAUUGCUCCAGCCUGACGCCCCACUCCCCUAGGAUGUCAUUACCUCAGCCUGUGAUGGCCCCUGGUCACAAGUGUGAAGCUCCCCUUGCCCAGCCUGAGAUCCAGAAAGAUUCAGACUCAGACUUCAGUGAGCUCAACCUUCUGGAUGAUGUGGAAAUAGAGGACCAGUUGAUUCUUAAAGAAAAGAAUGAGGAUGGUCCGGAGGUGAGGGGUGGGGCAAUAGAUGCUCUCAUAGUUCAUGCAACACAGGCUGGCAAAAUUGGAUCAGAAGGGGACAUAACAGAACAAAAAGAAUUCAUGUACCAAGAAGCAUUCCUGACCACAUACAGAAUGUUCAUCUCACCUAAAGCUUUGAUGGAGAAGCUGCUGUAUCGCUUCCACAAGUUCCACCAUGCUUCAGACCACAAGAAGAAAUUGGCACACAAUGCCUUCUCCCUGCUCAUUAGAGUAGUUGAUGAACUGGGAGGUAAUGAGCUGGACACUUUGAUAGUUGAGCGUCUGAUGAACCUAGUCUAUGACCUUAUCUGUGAAGGUGCCCUGAACUUGGCCAGAUUAUUGAGGAGAAAAUUGCUGGAGAAGUGUGAGAAGAAACAAGCAGAUCUGUUGGACCAGCAGCAGGCAGCACCUGUACAGUCAAUAGAGCUGGGCUCAAGUUCCCCUGAUCUUUUGAGCUUCAAGGCCCAAGACAUUGCUGAGCAAAUGACCCUCUUAGAUGCUCAACUGUUCCAGAAGAUUGAGAUCCCUGAAGUCUUGAUGUGGGCCAGGGCACAGUCUGAAGAGUUAAGUCCACACUUGACCACCUUCACUGAGCACUUCAAUAAAAUGUCCUACUGGUGUAGGACCAGAAUUCUCACCCAGGAUGAUCCAAAAGAGAGAGAAAAAUAUUUAAUGAAAUUUAUCAAAAUAAUGAGGCACCUGCGCAAGCUCCACAAUUUUAACUCUUACCUGGCCAUUUUAUCAGCAUUAGACUCGGCUCCAGUUGCUAGACUAGAGUGGCAGAAACAAAAUAUUGAGGCUCUUCAAGAGUUCUGUCAGUUGAUAGAUAGUUCCUCAUCAUUUCGAGCCUACAGACAGGCACUGGCUGAAACAGAACCUCCCUGUAUACCUUACCUUGGGCUGAUCCUUCAAGACCUGACUUUUGUCAACAUUGGAAACCCAGACAAGUUGCCAGAUGGUAGCAUCAACUUUGCUAAACACUGGCAACAAUUCAACAUAUUGGACAGCAUGAGGCGCUUCCGUACAAGUAACUACACUAUGAAGCGCAAUGAAAAGAUCAUGAACACAUUGAACAACUUUGAAGACUACCUGAAUGAAGAUGUCCUGUGGCAGAUUUCACAGAAAAUAAAACCCAGAGUUGGAGGCCACAAGAAACAGAACUCUGUCAGCUAAAAGGCGCUGGAUAGCAUUGAAACUCUUUCACUCACAGCCACAUCCACAUUAUGGCCAAGUCAUCCACAUUAUGGCCAAGUCAUCCACAUUAUGGCCAAGUCAUCCACAUUAUGGCCAAGUCAUCCACAUUAUGGCCAAGUCAUCCACAUUUUGGCCACAUCAUUCAGACUGUUAAAUGCUGAAGUUGUAUAGCAGUUGUAAGCCUGUGUUAAAUGCUGAAGUUGUAUAGCAGUUGUAAGCCUGUGUUAAAUGCUGAAAUUGUAUAGCAGUUGUAAGCCUGUGUUAAAUGCUGAAGUUGUAUAGCAGUUGUAAGCCUGUGUUAAAUGCUGAAGUUGUAUAGCAGUUGUAAGCCUGUGUUAAAUGCUGAAGUUGUAUAGCAGUUGUAAGCCUGUGUUAAAUGCUGAAGUUGUAUAGCAGUUGUAAGCCUGUGUUAAAUGCUGAAGUUGUAUAGCAGUUGUAAGCCUGUGUUAAAUGCUGAAGUUGUAUAGCAGUUGUAAGCCUGUGUUAAAUGCUGAAAUUGUAUAGCAGUUGUAAGCCUGUGUUAAAUGCUGAAGUUGUAUAGCAGUUGUAAGCCUGUGUUAAAUGCUGAAGUUGUAUAGCAGUUGUAAGCCUGUGUUAAAUGCUGAAGUUGUAUAGCAGUUGUAAGCCUGUGUUAAAUGCUGAAGUUGUAUAGCAGUUGUAAGCCUGUGUUAAAUGCUGAAGUUGUAUAGCAGUUGUAAGCCUGUGUUAAAUGCUGAAGUUGUAUAGCAGUUGUAAGCCUGUGUUAAAUGCUGAAAUUGUAUAGCAGUUGUAAGCCUGUGUUAAAUGCUGAAGUUGUAUAGCAGUUGUAAGCCUGUGUUAAAUGCUGAAGUUGUAUAGCAGUUGUAAGCCUGUGUUAAAUGCUGAAGUUGUAUAGCAGUUGUAAGCCUGUGUUAAAUGCUGAAGUUGUAUAGCAGUUGUAAGCCUGUGUUAAAUGCUGAAAUUGUAUAGCAGUUGUAAGCCUGUGUUAAAUGCUGAAGUUGUAUAGCAGUUGUAAGCCUGUGUUAAAUGCUGAAGUUGUAUAGCAGUUGUAAGCCUGUGUUAAAUGCUGAAGUUGUAUAGCAGUUGUAAGCCUGUGUUGAAUGCUGAAGUUGUAUAGCAGUUGUAAGCCUGUGUUAAAUGCUGAAGUUGUAUAGCAGUUGUAAGCCUGUGUUAAAUGCUGAAGUUGUAUAGCAGUUGUAAGCCUGUGUUAAAUGCUGAAGUUGUAUAGCAGUUGUAAGCCUGUGUUAAAUGCUGAAGUUGUAUAGCAGUUGUAAGCCUGUGUUAAAUGCUGAAGUUGUAUAGCAGUUGUAAGCCUGUGUUAAAUGCUGAAGUUGUAUAGCAGUUGUAAGCCUGUGUUAAAUGCUGAAGUUGUAUAGCAGUUGUAAGCCUGUGUUAAAUGCUGAAGUUGUAUAGCAGUUGUAAGCCUGUGUUAAAUGCUGAAGUUGUAUAGCAGUUGUAAGCCUGUGUUAAAUGCUGAAGUUGUAUAGCAGUUGUAAGCCUGUGUUGAAUGCUGAAGUUGUAUUCCUAUUGUAAGCUGAAUCAGCAGACAUUCAUUGAAAGCAUUUAUAGUGUUGACAGCUUCCAAUGCAUUCACAGUUUGAUAUUGAUAUGUUAAAUACUUCUCUAACUUACACAAAUAUGUCAUUUAUUUAAUCAAUGUGCUUUGGUAGAAUGUCUAAAAUUCUCCUCUACAAAAUCUUCCUAGACAUAAGAUGUUUGUCCAUCUUCCAUCCUUGAUACAAAUUGACAGACAGACAGACAUGUUGAAAGACUAGCAUUACUUUUGUUCUACAACUAGACAGACAGACAUGUUGAAAGACUAGCAUUACUUUUGUUCUACAACUAGACAGACAUGUUGAAAGACUAGCAUUACUUUUGUUCUACAACUAGACAGACAUGUUGAAAGCAUUACUUUUGUUCUACAACUAGACAGACAUGUUGAAAGCAUUACUUUUGUUCUACAACUAGACAGACAUGUUGAAAGCAUUACUUUUGUUCUCUAAUUGGGCUGUGAAUGAUGUAAAUAUUGUACAUUUCUUAAGGUCACAUUGUGACAGAGAAAGAUUUAAUAUUGAUUGCCCCCCUUCCAUUGGUUUCUAAGUCUUCAUGUACAGAAUAAUUUAUGGCCAGGCUUGACUGCUUCUAAUAUUGCUAGCAUUAGAUUGUACAUACAACUGGCUGUUUGCAACAUGUAUGCAAUUGUUUCUUGAUUUGAAUUGUGCCAAUCAUGGAGAGUCUUAUACUAUUUGCUCCUAAAGUAUGCAAUGUCUGAUGAGCUGACCUUGGUAGUUACACAUAGUUGGUUUUUGUCAAAUCUGAAAGAAUUUUUUUUUUCUUCUGGAUCAUAUCAUUUUCUUAUGUCAUGUUCUAUAUCAUGUCACCGUCAUGCCAUGUUGUCUGUCAUAUGUCAUGAGAAGUGGCAAUAGCAAGAAUGACUAUAAUUUGACAGAACUCGUGAGCUUUAAUCUUCAUAUUAAGAUGUGCCAGUUGAAUGGGAUACCAUAACAUUGUAUGUCAUACAGAAAUAGUUUGAGUGAGUUGUACGUGAUACCAUAACAUUGUAUGUAAUACAGAAAUAGUUUGAGUGAGUUGUACGUGAUACCAUAACAUUGUAUAUCAUACAAUGUUAUUGUUUGAGUGAGUUGUACAUGAUACCAUAACAUUGUAUGUAAUACAGAAAUAGUUUGAGUGAGUUGUACGUGAUACCAUAACAUUGUAUGUAAUACAGAAAUAGUUUGAGUGAGUUGUACGUGAUACCAUAACAUUGUAUAUCAUACAUUGUUAUUGUUUGAGUGAGUUGUACAUGAUACCAUAACAUUGUAUGUCAUACAGAAAUAGUUUGAGUCAUUUCCCCCUCCCUCCUGUUUUCUCUCUUUACAUUACAGUCAUGCUAAAAACCUGCGUUGUGUGAUCAACUUGUUCAAUAGAAAUGUACAUUGUGUGGGCUCAUUCACUUCAUCUCAACUCUACCAAAUAGAAAGACAUGUAUUUUAAUGUAGAGCUAUUGGGAUUCAUGUCAACUUCAGUUCAUCUAAACACAAAUGAAAACAUGUAGGCCCUAUACAUAAAACAAGAACGAUCAUUUA